AUGAUGCGGGCAUACCAGCCCCUGGUCCUCAACAAUAACGACAUCUCGGAACAAUGCCCCUUCAGAGACAUUACGCCCGAUGAGCAUGCCAAGAGCUGGAAAGAAAGCACCGAUCAGUGGAGCCUUUUGACCACUGCACUUACUACAGCUUCAGCCAACACAUGGCGGGAAAUUGCUUCUUCUUGCGCCCCGUCAGGCGGCCCUGGCAUUGGAAGUCCAAGGGCAAGAUAUGGUGUUACGGAUUAG